UAUUGGUGGAGUCGUGUCACGCCCCCCCUCCUCCCCCAGCCACAUCUCUCAGCUCCAGGAUGAAGAGGCAGCAGCAGCUCAAUCUACCCGGAGCGUGAGGAGGCUUCCUGGGCUCCAUCCUCCUCCUUCUCCCCCUCUCUCCUCCACCCCCCCCCCCCCCCCCCCCCUCUCGUGUGGAUCACCCCCCCUCCUCCCCCUUCCCCCUCGUCUUGCUGCAGCAGCUGAAAACAUGGACGGACUCCGGCUGCCUCCUGUCAUAGAGGAGGUCCUCGAUCCGUCUGACGAACUGUGUGAGCUGAAGGUGAACAAGGAGAGGGAGGAGGAGGAGGAGGAGGAGACGCUGGCAGAGGGAGAGAAAGGUCAGCAAGAGGAGGAGAGGGAGCAGAAGGAUGAAGAGGAGGAGGAGGUGGAGGUGGAGGAGCUGAGAGCUCAGCUGCUGCAGAUGCUGCUGGAGCUGGAGGAGACGAGGGAAGUUUCUCAGAGACACGAGGAGAGUUUCCUGGAGGUGCAGGGUCUGUUGGAAGAAGAGCGACUGGCGAGCGCUCACCAGGCCGAGAGCUUCACCAGACAGAUCCAGAGUCUGCAGACUCAGCUGUGCUCAGCCCAGGAGGAGAUAGACGCCCUGGAGGAGGAGAAGGAGAGCGAGCUGGAGGAGGCACAGGAGGAGGUGCGCUCGGCGCAGGAGGAGGUGCUGCUGCUGCAGCAGGCAGCGGAGGAGGCGGCGGCCGAGCGGGAGAACGACAUCGCCUCCCUGCAGGAGGAGUUGUGUCGCCUGAGGGCGGAGCUGCAGCGUCGCCACGCUGCGGCGCAGAAGUACGAGCUGGAGGUCACGUCGCUGAGGGAGGAGAUCAGCGUUAAGAGGAGGCUCACUGGUGAGACGAAGCCGCUGACGGACGAAGUCGUCCACCUGACGGACGAGCGUCAGACUCUGAGCAACGACAACGAGCAGCUGAGCAACAAAGUGGAGCAACUGCGGCAGCAGCGAGACACGUGUGAUGACCUGUACCUGGCAGUCAGAGCAGAGGGCAACACUGAGCACCAGCAGGCCGACCAGGUGAAGGUGAACUCUUACAUCAAUUUGUCCCAGGACCCAAAGGUCGGAGGGUCAGAAGUCAACGUCCUGAAGGUCAAGCUGAGAGACGCCGAGGAGACGAUUGACAGGGUUCAGAUGGAGUGUGAUGGUCUGAAGGACGAGCUCUCCGAGCUCCAGCAGCUGUACAACGGCAGUCGACGGGAGCGAGCGACGCUGGAGCAGGAGCUGCAGCGCUACAAGGCCGAGCUGCAGAAACUGGCAGCCAGGAAGUCACAGAACUGCACUCGUCCGUCUGAGCCCCCUGUUCUCUCCAUCCCCUUCAUAGGAAUGAUUGUUAUAGUGGCCUUGAUUUGGUGCUGGUGGGAGGAGCUGGCGUCCUAGAGGGGACCAGCAGACAGACUCUGAAGGCUGGAACCUGGCGGUGGCGGCGGUGGCUGUGGCGGCCAUCUUGGUUCUGGUCGUCCCCAGCUUCACCAGAGCCUGAGGACGACCUCGCUGGGUGACCUCUGAGGGACCUCUGGAACUACUUAGCGCUGCCCUCAAUCUUGUUGCCGUCCUGAUGUCUGCUCGUCGCAUCGCUCCGUGCCGUGGGAUGCCGCCGCCGCAGCGGUUUGAGCGGAACGCCGCAGACGUCAGUGAGCAUUGGAGGAAAAGCAGCGAGUUUAAUUCACAGUUGUCCGUUAAGACUCUUCAACUCCCCCUGCAGGUCAGAACUGUACAGACGCUUUUCAAACAUCCACCGUCAUCGUCAAAGAUACAAUGUCCUCAAUAAUUAACGAUCAGUUGCUAUAAAUGUUUUCCAAAAGCAAAACGUUAUAUCAUCACAUGGAUGAGAUGAAGCGAUGUGAGAAGUUCAGUCUGUUCUGACUCUGACGUGUGACAUCGACGACUCGCUGCAGUUUGAGACGUCAGAAGAGAAAAUGUUGAAAACCACCUGGUUCGUCUUCAAACGCUUCUCAUAUCAUGUUUAUUAUCUUUAAUGUAACUCGUAACUAAAGAUGUCAGAGAAAUGUCGUAGAGUAGAAAGUACAAUAUGAAGUACUAAUAAUGAAAUACUCAAGUACUGAACUAAACAAAUACAUUUAAAAAGUAGUGGAGUUGUGUUUUCCUCUGAAAUGUGGAGAAGUAUAUUUACACGAAAUUAAAAAGAUUCAGAUCAGAGUCUCUUAAAUAUUAAUUUAAUUAAUAAAUGGUUAAUUAAUAAAUUUCAGGAUUCUAAUGUCGCAAUAUUAGUUUUAAUUCAAAAGUAAAAAUUAAAAUAAGAAAUUUUACCUUUUUGUCAAAAAACAAAUAGUUUCAGACUGGAUGAAAAUAGUUUAGUGAUAAAAUGGCAGCAGAUCAAAUCAGAUUUAAAGUUUAUGAUUCAUCUUUCUGUUGAUGCUGAAUUUCAUCUUGUGUUUAUCAAAAAUCUCCACUCAUUUUGUAGCAUGAGGAUAAAGAGCUUUAUGAAAAAUGUAUUUACUUAAAAUUAAGUUUAUUUUAAAUUUAAAACGUGUAUUUGUUUGUCUUGAGUGCAACAGAUACUAUUUUGUACAUUAACAGAAGUUCAAAGCACUUUAUUUAAAAUCCUAAAGGUUUAUUUAUUGAGAUUAAUCUUUUGUGAGAUUAUUUGUGUCGACGGAUUCACUGUGGCAGUUUUACAGUUUUUAAGAUUGUUCUUUAAAUUUCAGACUUCUUGCACAACGUCGAACAGUUUGACUUUAUUUAGGUUAUUUGAGUUAAACGGUGAAAAAUUUGUAUUUGUUGUAGAAAAUAUGUUCAGAAUGUAAAAGUCUUAGAUUACUGUUUAUACGUUACACUGUCAAACUUUUUAUUAAAAGUGUCAGAUAUCACUUAUGAAAACAGUAAAGUGAAGAGGACCGAGUACGGAGCCUUGUGGGAAUGAGUUUUUCGUCUCAACCUUAUAAGUUUUUAUUUAUAUCUCCAGUAGAUAAUAAGAGAUGAACUGAUCCGGUCCAGUCGGUACUAAAGUGUCAGUGCUGGAACUCAGAGGAACUAACGCAUCACAUCCGGGUCAGAAUGAACACCUUUUCUUUUGUUCAGAUUUUGUAGCUUUAAAUGAUUAAAUAUUGAUGAUGAUGAAAUAUCACCGUCCUCUUUUCUUUGCAAAUGGACGAGUUUCUGCCUUUGACCGGAGCCUGAUUGAGGCUCGAUGUGUUCACGUUGAAGUUGAGACCAAAUUAUCCUAGAAACUAUAAUCAGAUGUUUAAUAACUGACUGUGAUCCUGUUCAGUUUGGAAUCAGCCUCAAACUGUUUGAGUUGAUUUGUGGAGAUGAUGCAUGAGGCCGUCACCAAUAAUCAAUAUGUUCAAAGUACCAGACGGUCCACUUCCUUUACUGUAUAUCAUAAACAUAUGUACAGUAUAUGACUGAUUCAUUAGAAAUGAUCAAAUCCUCUGUAGCUGAAAUACAUCAAACACUGUUCUGUGUUUGAAUUUACACCUCGGAUGAAUCUUUUAAUCUUUCAUGUGUAGGAAUCAGAUCGUUAGUUAUUUAAGAAGUAUUUGAUUGUUAAUGAUUUACAGUUUCAACUGCUCAUGAUCAACAGCAUGUGUCAUUAAAACCUUUCUAUAAAGUUUUGCAUGAGACAUUAGACAAGAUUAUUACUGUGUUGUUACUAAAGGACAAAUAGAUUCUGUUCACAUUAUUGGUUCUGGGGUUUUGAUUAUCAGUGUUAAUGUCUAGAAGCUCUCUGUGUCUCUGGGCUUCCACAGAACUGACUCUACAGUUUGUUGUCGUCUUGUGUCUUCAUGUCAAUAAUGUGUCAGAACUUGUCAUUUCACAUUUUAUUUGUGACUAAUGCGUCAAACAUCGGUGUCGUUGUGUAAAAUGUUGUCGAAUAUGAACGUUGAUGGGAGAAGUGAGUUAUGGCAGCGACUCUUCAAGGCUUUAUUGUUUCUGCAUGUUUGUAAAAACACUUUGUUCCUAUAAAGCGCAUGAAAACA